AUGGAAGGCUCUCCAACCUUAAGCAUUUCACAGUGUGUUACUCUCAAACUGAGUGAUUCAAAUUAUCUCUCAUGGAAAUUACAGUUCGAACAGUUUCUUAGCAGUCAGAUGCUUCUGGGUUAUGUCACUGGAGACACACCGCGACCAGCUCCGACUAUAUCGGUACGCACCGGAGAACAAGUUACAGAAGAGAGCAACCCAGAUUUUGUCAAAUGGAUCCGUACAGAUCAGCUCAUCAAAGCUUGGAUUUUUGGGUCACUCUCUGAGGAAGCGUUGAAGAACAUCUAUGGUCUUGGUACAUCUCAUGAGGUAUGGUCCUAUCUCGCUAAGAAGUACAAUCGUGUCUCUGCCACUAGAAAACUGGAUCUACAGAGAAGGAUUCAAACAACCGCCAAACUGCAGAAACCUAUGGCUCAAUAUUUAUCAGAAAUUAAGUUCCUUUGUGAUCAAUUAGACUCUAUUGGAUGUCCUAUUUCUGAGCAUGAAAAGAUUUAUGGAGUUCUAAAUGGAUUAGGGAAAGAGUAUGAGUCUAUUUGUACUGUGAUUGAAGAUUCCAUGGAUAAAUUUCCAAGCCCCUGUUUCGAAGAUGUUGUCUUCAAGCUGACUAGUUUUGAUGAUAAGCUGCAAACUUAUGACACAUCUACUGAAGUUACUCCACAUAUGGCUUUUCACACUGAUAGAGGUGGAUAUUCCAACUCUUACAACAACAAUAGAGGAGGAUAUUUCAAUCGUGGUCGUGGAAGGUACAGAGGUGGAUACAGAGGAAGAGGGGCUUACUCAACUCGUGGUCGUGGGUUUCAACAGCAGUUUUCAUCUGGUUCAUCAAGUGAUUCCAGACCAACGUGUCAGAUUUGUGGGAGAUUUGGUCAUUCGGCAUUCAAGUGUUACAAUCGAUUUGAUCCAGACUAUCAACCUGAGGAACAACCUACUGCUAUGGCUGCAAUAAAGGUCCCAAAUCAAGCUCCUCAGUCAGGACAUGAGUGGUAUCCAGAUACAGGAGCAACAGCUCAUAUCACCAAUUCUGCAGCUCAAGUUCCAAACGCUCAACCCUAUCAUGGUGAGGAUGCUGUCAUUGUUGGUAAUGGCGACUUUUUGCCUAUUACUCAUAUUGGAUCUGCUGUUUUACCUACACUUCAAGGUACAUUACCUUUAGAAGAUGUUUUGGUUUGUCCUGAUAUAACAAAACCUCUUUUGUCUGUCUCUAAGCUGACUAAGGAUUAUCCUUGUGCUUUUACGUUUGAUUCUGACUCUGUCUGUAUAAAGGACAAAUGGACAAAGGAGCUCCUCACUCAAGGCAGCAGAAGUAAUGACUUGUACGUGUUGAAGAAUCCUCAGUUUAAGGCUUUUUACUCUACAAGACAGCAAGCUGCGAGUGGAGAUAUUUGGCAUCAAAGACUUGGCCAUCCUCAUGUUGAGAUUCUUCAAUUUCUUACAAGAAAACAGUUUAUCGUUUUGAAUAAGGCUAGCUCUCAGUUGUGUGAGGCUUGUCAAUUGGGAAAAUUGUGCAAACUUCCUUUUGUUGCUUCUGAUUAUGUCUCAUCUAGGCCACUCGAACGCAUACACUGUGAUUUGUGGGGACCGUCACCUGUAGUCUCAGCUCAGGGAUUUCAGUACUAUGUUAUUUUUGUUGACAACUAUUCGAGAUUCACUUGGUUUUAUCCACUUAAAAGGAAAUCGGAUUUUUAUUCAGUGUUUCUUCUUUUUCAAGCUUUGGUUGAGAAGCAACUUCAGCAACAGAUAACUAUGUUUCAAUGCGAUGGAGGAGGUGAGUUUAUUAGCUCCAAAUUUCUCGAGCAUUUGGCCAGCCGUGGAAUCAAACAACUAAUCUCUUGUCCGCAUACGCCGCAGCAGAACGGUCUUGCAGAGCGCAAGCACCGGCAUAUCACGGAGUUAGGACUCUCCAUGAUGUUCCACAGCAGAGUACCUCAGCAAUUGUGGGUUGAGGCUUUCUUCACCUCAAAUUUCUUAGGAAACCUCUUACCCUCGUCAGUUACAGAUGGUCAGAGUCCAUAUGAAAAACUUUAUGGAAAGCCUCCCAUUUACACUGCUUUAAGAGUUUUUGGCUGCACUUGCUAUCCAUAUCUACGGCCUUAUUCCAAAAACAAAUUUGAUCCUAAGUCUUUACACUGUGUAUUUCUUGGAUAUAAUGAAAAGUACAAGGGAUAUCGUUGCUUUCAUCCUCCAUCUGGAAAGGUCUAUAUAAGUAGACAUGUUUUGUUCAAUGAGCUGCAGUUUCCUUAUACUGAUGUGUAUCGUGAGUUUCAGGCUGCAGGAAAAACUCCAUUGAUCUCAGCCUUGAAUAUACAUGUAAUGUCUACUACUCAGGAAGUGGAAAGCUCUGGGUGUACGGCUGAUUUUCUCUAUGUUCCUAUCGGCAACAUAGACUCACAAAACGAAGGAGAAGGGUCAAUCACAAGAGCUGUGGAGAAUGCAGAAAAUGGAGAAAAUGCAGAAAAUGGAGAAUUUUCAGAAAAUGGAGACUCUGGAGGAAUUGGAGAACAAACACAAGCUGAGACAAAUGCAGACAUUUCAGAGUCAAUCUUUACUGAACAUGACUUCCCUCCAUUGUUUGCUGCUCCUCGAGAUGAUCAAAAUCAAGUCGCUCCGGCUCACUCAAUGACUACUCGAGCAAGAUCAGGAAUUGUUAAGCCAAAUCCCAAGUAUGCAUUGUUCACGGUAAAGACUAAUUAUCCUGAGCCAAAGACUGUCAAAGCAGCACUUAAAGAUGCAGGAUGGACAAAUGCUAUGGGAGAAGAGAUAGAAUUUAUGCAUGAAGUGGAUGCUUGGGAUUUAGUUCCACCAGAUGAAGCUGAUAAUGUAUUGGGAUGCAGAUGGAUUUACACAACUAAACUGCGAGCCAAUGGAGAUCUUGAUCGACUAAGAGCUAGACUAGUGGCAAAAGGGUAUGAUCAAGAAGAGGGAGUUGAUUUUAUUGAGACAUUCAGUCCAGUUGUCAGAACUGCAACCGUUCGAUCAAUUCUUCAUGCUGCUGUUACAAGAAAAUGGGACAUCAAACAACUGGAUGUGAAGAAUGCUUUUCUCCAUGGUGAUUUAAAAGAGACUGUAUAUAUGACUCAACCCCCUGGGUUUGAAGAUCCUUUGAAACCAGAGUUUGUCUGCAAGCUUAAGAAAGCUAUUUACGGGCUUAAGCAAGCUCCUCGCGCAUGGUUUGAUAAAUUCAGCAAUCAUCUCAUUGAUUUUGGUUUCAUUUGCAGCAUACCAGACCCAUCUCUCUUUGUCUAUUUAAAGGGAAAUGAUGUGAUGCUUCUCCUUCUUUAUGUUGAUGAUAUGGUGUUGACAGGAAAUAAUAAUGAGCUAAUCAAAAAGCUGCUCGAGAGUUUGAAUGCAGUCUUUAAAAUGAAGGAUUUAGGUCCUUUACACUAUUUUCUUGGAGUACAAGCACAUUUUCAUGCUGAUGGGUUAUUUCUUUGUCAAGAAAAGUAUGCAAUGGAUCUCUUAAUCUCUGCAGGAAUGGCUGAUUGUGCUCCUAUGCCCACUCCUUUACCGCUGCAGUUAGAUAAAGUCUCAGGACAAGAUGAAGUGUUUCCAGAACCUACAUAUUUUCGAAGUUUGGCUGGUAAGCUUCAGUAUCUCACGCUUACUAGGCCUGAUAUACAAUUUGCAGUUAAUUUUGUGUGCCAGAAGAUGCAUUCCCCUACGGUCUCAGAUUUUAAUUUACUCAAGAGAAUACUACGGUAUUUAAAAGGAACUUUGCAAAUGGGAUUAGACUUGCGUGCUGAUGCUGAUUCUAAACUUAGAGCCUACAGUGAUAGUGAUUGGGCAGGAUGUAAGGAUACAAGACGUUCUACAGGUGGUUUCUGUACUUUUCUUGGCACAAAUAUAAUUUCUUGGUCUGCAAAACGACAUCCUACAGUUUCAAGAUCUUCUACAGAAGCUGAGUACAGAACUAUGUCAAUUGUUGCUACAGAGUUGAAGUGGAUCAGUUCUCUUAUGGAAACAAUUGGAUUUCCUCCUGAUGAUGUGCCAGAGAUGUAUUGUGACAAUCUUUCUGCUGUCUACCUCUCUGCAAAUCCUGCACUUCAUUCACGAUCAAAGCACUUUGAUGUUGAUUUUCAUUAUGUGAGAGAAAGAGUCGCUCAUGGUGCCUUGGUUGUGAGACAUGUUUCUUCAGGACAACAAUUGGCAGACAUUUUCACUAAGUCUCUUGCUCAAGAACCGUUCUUUGACUUGCGCUACAAACUUGGUGUCACUCUUCCACCUGCCACAAGUUUGAGGGGGUGUAUUAACAAAGACAAUAUGUCGUUGGUUUUAUCAAGUGAAGGAGAUGGGCCACAUAUGCAAGCCCAAUGUCAUAAGAAGGAAGAAGAAGUUGUGAAGCCCAAGCAUGUGACUGACUGCAUAUACAGAGCUCCUGUCUCACGCAAAGUAUAUUCCAAGGGAUCAAUCGAGUUUAAGGAGAAGCUCAAGGAACGAGGUGGUGGUGUGUUUCUUGGAAUAUUCUUAGGUGUUGUUACAAUAGGAAAACCUUCAUGGAAAUUGGCUCGAUCGUUGGAAAAGGAGAGGAGAUUGUUCAAGGAAUUGCAAUCCCAAAAUGAGAUGAGAUGA